GGAAUCAGUACUACCUUUGUCAAGUUAGUAUAAAACACUAUCUUAAAAAGUCUCUCUCCAACCAUCAACUACACCAUGAGUCAGCCUGAUGCUGAUGGGCCGUUCCUUGUUUCCACCUUCUUUGUUGGGCUGGUUUCAGCAGCGGCAGGAGGCCUCCUCCUGGGGAGAACUGCUGUGGUCUUACUCGCAUCUCUGGAGCUUCUGGUGACCAACACAUCCGUCAUGGACAACCCGGAGAACUAUGUUGCAAACCCAAUAGACAUUCUGGAGAAGCCCAGAGAACUUUCCUCUCAGAGAACCAGCCACAGUCAUGUGAACAACAUUUUUAUGUCACUGUUUAUGGGGGACUUCCGUGUUUGGACGUCAUGUUUCUCAUUGGCUGUAGGCUACUAUGUUGGAUCAUCAAUGUAUGGCUUGGUCAUAAAAAGAUACAGUAAAACAGCGGUGGAAAAAGCCCCGACUUUGGCUGGACCCGUGUGUCUCAUGGGGGUCACUACAACUGGAUACAUGCUGGGCUUUGCGUCGGAGGUUUUUGUAUCCAUAGACUUCACUCUCACUUCUAUAUUUGAUGGUUUUCGUGUCGGAUUUGGCCUUUUUUAUUUAAAUGUUCUUUUCAAAAAAAGCCAUCUAUUAAUGCCGAAAUUUUUACUACCUUUUACAAGUUCAGUAGUCGUGUUCAUCGUCUUUAUGAUCUUUCAAACAUAUGUGACUUUAUUUCUGUCUCUGAUCUUAGCUUUGAGUAUUUCAUAUUAUUUGUCAAAACUCUCGGACUCAAAAGUGGCUUACUUGUCUUUGUCGCUGAUGUUGAUUGUGACAGGUGGAUUUAACCUGCAGUCAAAGCCAAUCGCUGAGCGGUCAAACUCCAACGGUGCUUUGAUCCCGUGGCUUUUCAUUUGGGUUUUAACCCUUCAACUGCUGAUGGUUCAUGUUGGGAAAUUAGCAUACGUUUUAUGGCAGAAAGGAGGAGCGGUUAAAAUCGGUGCCAGCUCCGCAGCUCUGGGCGGCGCAGUUCUCAUGGUCAUUGAUUCGGUGCGGCACGUCACGGGCCCUGGACCCACCAUUGGAGCUCUGACGGGGGUGGCAGGAGCAGCUGGGGUGUCGCUAGCUGCGGCUGAGGCUGUAACGCAGACGUUUGGAGGCGGAGAAAGAGUUGCUCUAGGGAAGUUAGGAGAGAUUGUUGGGGCAGCUGGAGGAGCAUUUUUCUUCUCCUUUCCCCACAGCCGACUGCUGGGUGUCUUUAUGAGCCUCUGUGCAGCUGCUGCAUCUGCAUUAUCCAUGCCUGUGGUGGACUGUCUACUAGUCAAUAAGACUUUAUUGAAGACCAUAUGGCAUCACAUAUGUAUAGGGAUUUCAUUUGGUUUGAUCAUCAGGUUAAUCUGCUUGUGGUUUUAUCUAACAUACACCACUUUGGGUUUUGUGGCUAUUUGUAAAUUCAUACAGAUGCAUCUAUUUGGCAUUUUCGGCUUUUCCUGAAUUCUUAGAUCAAACUAUAAAGAGCUCAGUUCCUGAAAAGAAGAGACAAGAAAACGAUUAUCCCAAAAAAAAAAAGCAGAAGUGCUUCAAAUGGAAAAUAAAGUAUUUUUAAAUAUGAGAAAAGCUUAAAAUUUGCUCAUAGUACACAUGUUUACUGUUUUAAUCACAAAUUGCGAUUUGUGGAGUUAUUAUUUGUGCAAUUUCUCUGGAAGCUUUAGGUCCUGAAUACAAGUGGCUGAUUGUUUGACUUUAACAGAAAUAUUUUUUUCUGCAGCCAAUGAACCGUCUCUUGUUUUUAAUGUUAUUUGCUAAUCCAUUUUCCAUUGACGUUUGCUUAGUUUCAGCUUUAUUCUUUUGAAACUUGUUUAAAUGUUGAGAACACUAAUGUGAGUCAUUCUGUACAGCCUUUAUAUCACUGCUGCUGUUAUUAUGAAUUCCAGAUAUGCACAAAAUAUAUGAAAAAAAACUUUUAAAAUACCUAAAAAGUUUGUAUCAAAGAGAUUUUUCUGUGUUUUUUGUUGUUUUAGGACACUUUCUUGUUCAGUUUACUCUUUGACUUUUAACGCAUGCUCUUCACUUGGAAAUAAGACUUUUUUACCCUCUAUUAUUUUUUGGUAGGCUGUUCUUAUUGUUGAUUUUUUCAAUUCUGAAAGUGUAAAUUUAUGCUUUUUGUGCUGUAAAUGAAUGAAUACUUUUCACAUUGUACUAAUUUUGGAUAAAAUGGUUCUUUUUUUCUGUAAUGUACUGGUUACUUGAAGUGUCAAAUUAGUUUUGUUUUCAACAACCCUGUUAGGUUAUAUGUGAUAAAGAAGGUGAUUCACACAUUUUUGGUAUGUAUUUCCAUAAAACACUUCCUUUUUUCCCUGAUUGAUUCUUGUUUUUGGCUGAAGCAUUAGGAACAUUUAAAAAAUUAACAAACAAAAUAAAAAUUAAAGCCGCAAGCGGCUUUGUAUGGUCCGUAGGUGCAAAUCGCCCCCGUCGCCCACUUCUACGCACCACAGCCACGCCAUCGCUGCCCACCUCUACGCACCACCGCCGCCUUCACCGCACACCGUUACUGGAGGCUAGUCAUGCAAACAAUGCUAAUUUUGCUAAUGUUGCUAAAAAGGCUAGCAUUGCGAUCAGCAUUAUUGAAUGAUUCAGAAAAACACAUUGCUUCAGAUGCUUAUUAUGCUAACUAUGUCAGUUAUGCUAAUGUGUAUAAAAGUGCUAUCAUCGCAAUCAGCAUUUUAAACUGACUCAGAAAAACACAUUGCUUAAGAUUAUGCUAACUAUGCUAGUUAUGCUAAUAGGGAUAAAAAAGAUAGCUAAGCAAUUAGCAUCAUGAAUUCACUCAGAAAAACAUAUUGCUCCGUUGGAAAGAGCUACAGGUCAUAAGUUGAUAGAAAAUCCACUUUUUUCAAAAAGGCAGCUUUUCUGUUGAUUUCAUCUCCAUAGCAACUGUUUUAUGUUUUGGUUGCCUGGCGAUAACGAACAGAUCGGCCUCAGUUUCAGAUUAAUCGGAAAGAGUACACUUUUGAGUGUCCUUAGCAACAAAGAUCUAUUGCUAACCUUGUCCACAUGCCUUAUAUGUCCGUAUCCAGUGUUUUUCAUUAUGUUCAGUUUCACCUGACAACUUCUAAUUCCAACAUUUUGUCCACAGUAGCUUGCCAUUGAUGCCCCUGUUGUUUUGAGCCGAUUGAUAAAAAUCCCAAAGACAAGUUUACAUUUGUAUCCGGUAAUAAAGGUGAUUUUUUUGAAAAAUUCAAGAUUGCCGCCUUUUCCCGAAGACAAAGGUCGAUGAAGCUUCAGAGGCGGUUGUAGACUUACGUUAGCAGCAUGUGUGUGAAAUUUCGUGAAAAUCGCCCAAAAAGAAGUUAAUUUUUCCAUGAAAACACGACCGCCAAAAAAAAUGACCGCCAAACAGUAGGUCAUGUCGCCACCUCGUAAUGAUUUCAAUACUUCGUUUGAAUAUCCCUGACAAGGUUAUUUUGAUUUAAUUGCCGAUGUAAAAAAAAAAAAAAA